CAUCGACAUAUCAAAGGUUAUGGACCUGCCGUUCGCGUUUGGAAUUGACGCCGGCGCAGUGCAAGAGAGACAGCACGUGAAGGAUAGAGCUAACGCGGGCAAACGUCGUACGUUAGAUCUGUAUUGUGCAUGUGUUUCUUUCACUGUGGAAAGCUUUACACAUAUUUUUGCCUUGAAAUUAGUUUUAAUUGUUCAUUUUUCACAACUUCAAACCAAUUACAAGAUGGUGCAGUCUUGUUGUGCUAUAAACUGUACGACCAGAAGAGAAAAAGGGGUGAAAUUAAAAUUUCUGAGUAUACCCAAGGAACCCGCAACGAGGAAACAGUGGUUAGUUGCCAUAAGAAGGGAGAAUUUUAAUCCGAGUGAUAGGACAGUUAUAUGCGAAAAUCACUUUACAAAGGACGAUUUUGAGCUGAAUGUACAUGGAAAUACAGUUCUCAAGAAAACUGCAGUGCCUUCUGUUUUUAAUUUCCCCGUACAUUUACAGCAAAAAGUAGUAAUAAGGAGACCUUUAAAACGAAAGAUAUCUGAUAACAAAGAACAUGGUGCUAUUGCCAGUACAUCAGGCAUAAAUACUGAACCAGUAUUAGGAGUUAUGUCAAGUGAAUCUGUCAGUGCUGAAAAUGAGGAUAUAGAUUCUGAGCAACCUACUACUACAUCUCAAAUGGAAUUCCCUAAAAGAAGACGGAGAGAUCCAAUUUUCUUUGGGGACUUCAAAGAAAGUGAUUUAGAUGAUGUGCAGAAGAGAAAAUGAUUUUGGAAGGUACUAUACUAUAGCAAAGUCUAGGAGAAAUAUCAGGUAUUAUCAGUGCAUAGCCAGAAGACAAAAGAAGAAGAUAAAAAGCCUUAAUUUAUUGUUGGACGAAUUGAUGGAAAAAGAGAAAAUUUCAUCACAGCAGCUCAUGGUAUUGAAGGUAAACUAUUUAUUUUUUUGCAUCACACAUAGUUGGUUUGUUUGUUUUCUGUAAAUACUUAGUAGUUUGCAUCUUGUUCUUAAUGUUCAACUGC